AAACAUCUUUAUUUUCAAAUCCAACAAACAAACCAACCAUUCAUUCGCCAACAAACAAACCAACCAUUCAUUCGCGUUUUGUGUCUAGUUUAAUCGUCUCGUCGCAGGAAACCUAGCCGCCAUCACCCUCCCUUACCGAGGUAUUCCGGCGACGAAUUCCGUACAGCCUUACAACGACCUGCCGCCCUCCUCCACCAACUACUUUAAACGCCUCCGACUGUCAUCAGGCCAGCUGUAUAGUUCGGACUUCGGACUCUGCAAAUUCUGUUCUGAGUUCCCCCUCUGUUUCUUUUUCCUUCUUUUCCAAUCAAUUUCGGUGGUUUAAGACUUGCAUUCGCCGAUGGACGGUGAGGAGGUGCCGGGUUACCAGCCCGACGACGGCUUCGAACAAGAUACAAGAGAGCCACUUCUUGAUCUUACCGGUGCUCGCUCUAGUUCUAAAGAGCUUUGGCUUAUCCAAUGGCCGCCCCAUGACCUUCCUGAUAUCCACGGCAAGGAAGUAUGCAUUACUUUCGAUCGCAAUGGUAGCUCGGGAAGCUUCGAGGAUCUUUCAGGGAAAAAGUAUGAUAUAGUCGGCACCGAUGUAGAGCGAGAUGCUGCAGUCUUCAUGUCAUCUGUUUCAGAAACUGAGAUUGUUGGGAAUAUUUCUCACCGAAUAUCCCUGGUGCAUUUUCCUGACCCAAAGGAAAUCGAGCAGAGAGUUGCUGAGAAGACGUCAAAAAGGCUGUAUCAGAUGACGUCGUCAAAGAACAAUUCUUCACACCAUUCUUCAGGUGUUACUGGAAGUAGUAGGCUGAAGAACUCAACUUCAUCAAGGGGACCUGCAGCCUCAACUCAUACGAGCAGGGAAGGGCCGAGCGCUUCUAAGAGAAGGCACGUUCAGAAGAGCCCUGGAUCUAAAGGUGGACCUUCUCUCGACUCCAAACGCCGUCAGAGUUCGUCCAACUACAUUUCUGGGACAUCAGAACGAUGAAGCUAAAUCAUUGGCAGGUAAGAGAGUGGAGUUUAGGGUUUUGAGCUACUGUUUGCUUGAUGCAAAAAUCUUGUGCAUUUCCGAAUCAUGAAGAGAAGUGAUGAGCAUUUUGUUUGUUAUUGGUGUUUACGUUAGUUAAGUGAUUUAGAAAGCUAGAUCUUUUAUGGAUGGAUGAUGAUCCUCUUUUGGAAGUGGUGAAUGCAUUGUUCUUCCCGUACUUGGAUAAUUUGUGAUCUGAAGCUACUUGAACAAACUCAUGCACAAAAUGAAACCAGGAUACAAACACAAAGAAUAUACGACCUGCAAUGCAACCAUAAUUACUACUUCACUUGUUAGAUCAGCCAUUGCAACAUACAUUUUUAUGUACACAAGUGUUCAAGACUGGAUGACACAUUGCUGGCUUGGGCAUGCAGUUUACCGGCUGCAACAAAGGCUAGCUAGUCAGUAGUAGGCCAGUAGCAGCAUUUUGGGUGUACUGUUUUCGAGCUCGGAUAAACGACGUACAACAUCUUGCAUUUGAUGCCUCGUGGAGGUGGAAUGAUUACCACGCUAGUCUGCCUCCAGUCACCAUUAAUAUUGCUUGCAAACGUCGUGGCUGCCAGCAGAUUAUGCCACGGAUCCAUGAUUUCUCCACUAGCCAUGCUCCCUCACUGGUUGGUAAAAUCAUCAAAUGUGGAAGCAUGCGAUAGUCUUAUUUAUAGCAUCUCAGAUUCUGUAAUAUAGUUAUUUCAAUUGAUGAGUGAAAGAAAGCAAGAUCCCAACUGCCUAUGUAGCCGACAAGUAUGUUCUCAAACUGCUGAGGAAUUUGAGCAUUGAGUGAAACUGAAACCACCUUCCUUGUUUGGUGAAUCAGUGGAAAGAUGGCAUCAUUCAGCUUAGAACACAACAUCAAAAGCAUAUGCCAGGGGCAACUGAUCAUCAUCAGUGAAAAUAACCCAUGCAUGUACAAGAAAAGACUCUUUGAGAGUUUGAUCUGGGAAGUCGUCUUGUAAUCACCAAAAAGCAACAGCGAGACGUUAACCAUUUGAUAAACAAAAUGUACAAAUUCUCUCAAAAGUGCUUCUCCAUUCUUUUCAACAUCUCAAGCUUCCCAGUAAAUGAACUCGGUUUACAAAAGAAUGAUCAGAUUGUUGUUCCUCUGCGAGGCUUGUUGCACUCUAAUACAAAGGGAUAACAGUCGUCGAUUGAUCAGUUCUCUAGUGUGAUAUACAUAUGCAAUUCGAGCUUUGGUGAAGCAGCGCCUGCUCAGAGUAAGAAUGCAAACAAUGCCUGGAAAAUGGACCUUGCCCGUGGGCGUUUCCUUGGACUGUCUUUGUUUUCGGCUAAUAGGCCUCUGUACUCAACUCCCUGUCUUCCCUGACAAGAGCAAAUGAGGGCAUAAACAUGAGAAGUAACAAAACUAUUUGGCCCGUUGAUGUUACUUUCAGGCAUAACACAGAAUCAAAAUCGGUUCAGUUUAUUACUGCAAGUCUAAUCUUAACCUGAGCAGCAUCCUUGAGGGGUCCCCAACAUUCCAUUCGAUUGUAUUUCGGCAAGCUAGAAUGGAAAUACACCCAAACUAAAGCAUCAUUUAGCUCCGGAUUUGCCUGAAAGAGCUCUGCAUCGCCAUAUAACAAAGCUUGAAGUACCUGCCAUUUGCAAAUACAAAACAGGUUCGCGUUAAAAUCUGAAGCAGAGACAAAACAUGGAACGCGUACAUACUGUUCCUUUCCAAACUUCCCCCACAACAGAAGGCAUUGUACAUUGUGACAAAACUAUGGUAUUAGAAGCUAGAAAAGUGUUUUUUAUCUAGCAAAAGCUCGCCUCUCCAAAUGAAUAGCUAAGGAUGCAGGGAGAAACAUACUAGAGGCAUUUCUUUGGCGAAAAUGUGAUAUCUAAGCUCGGCAGCAAGGUCGAAAGUGAGAUUCGGACCACUGACAUAACAGUGAAUGUGCAGACACAACUGCCCUUCCAAUUUCUUCCAUUCAGCAACCACGUCGUCCUUGCUAUACCAGCCACUUAGCUGGUCCAAGUUGAUGACACUGGAAAUGGUCAAGGUUAAGUUUGCAGUGAAGUCACAGUGAGACAGAAUGUAAGUUCUAGGGAUGAUUCUUGAGUAGUCAUUGUCCCUUCCUACCAACACUACUUUGAGCUUUGAAGCAUCGAAUCUAGCCGGAGGACCCAGAAGCCUGACUGCCUAGCAACACACCCCAAUCCGGCAGUUAGUAAGUAUACCCUAAUAAAAGCUUUGACCUUUAAGGAAACCCAGAUGCGAAAUUUUGACACUGACAGGGAAAUUCAGAAGAAUCGGCUUACACAAAAUGGACCCAGAAAGAUGAACCAGAAAGCCGAAAGUACCUCUGAGACGAGACCGUUGUGAGAAGAUCUGGUGGUGCUGGCGUUAAUGGAGGAGAAAGCGAGAGGAAAGAAGCUCAAUUUACGAAUCCUAAAGGGACUAGGACUGUGAUUGGUGGGGAACGAAGAAGAGGAUGGAGAAGGAGCAAAGAAGGCAGAAUGACAUGCCAUGAGAGAGGCAUAACAAGCUCUUCCCCGUAGUCUUCUUCAUCUUUGGCUCCUCAUCGUCACAAUCAUUGUUCCUUAUUCUUCUUCUUCUUCUUCUUGAUCGUUUUUUGGCCUUCGAAAUGGAUUUUGGUUGGAUUGGAAGGAAGAGGGAAAACUACAGAAGUAUGUGGUGAACAAAGGUCUACGGUAGCUGUAAGAGGCCUGUGGUGGGACUCUGCUUGUGGUGACAUCUCCAAUUUUU